AUGAAAGAAACACAGCGUUUGCUCAGUGAGCCUGCACCUGGAAUUAGUGCUUCCCCAUCUGAAGACAACAUGAGACAUUUCAAUGUGAUGAUCCUUGGGCCGACCCAAUCGCCUUAUGAAGGAGGAGUGUUUAAGUUAGAACUAUUUUUGCCAGAAGAAUAUCCAAUGGCUGCUCCAAAGGUUCGGUUUCUAACAAAAAUAUAUCAUCCAAACAUUGAUAAGCUUGGCAGAAUUUGUCUUGACAUUCUGAAAGAUAAGUGGAGUCCUGCUCUUCAGAUUCGUACUGUUCUAUUAAGCAUUCAAGCUCUAUUGAGUGCACCAAACCCAGAUGAUCCACUUUCUGAGAACAUUGCCAAACACUGGAAAUCUAAUGAGGUCGAGGCUGUUGAAACAGCGAAGGAAUGGACCCGAUUAUAUGCUAGUGGCGCGUGA